AUGGCGGCACGAAAGACAAAAUCCGCUGUUAAGUCUGCAGCCACUAAAAAGAGUGCACACAAAAAGGAUAUCACAGAAGAAGAUGGUUCCACAAUUGUAGAGCCAGCAAAUGGUGAAGUCAACAAGAUGAAGAAUACUGAAGAACAGAAUGAAGAGAUCGUGAUUGAACGAGAGAAUAAUGAAGAAAAGGGAGAAAAGGUGGAACAAGAAGCAGAAGAAGACGAGGAAGACUCCGAUUACGAUCCCAAUGCGGUUCAAGAAAGCGAUAGUGAAGGGGAAUCAGAUGAAGAUAAAAGUGAGUAUUCUAAAAUUGAAUCAGCAAGUGUUUCGCAAGUCCGAACAAGGUUUCAGAGACAACUUGAUGCUGGGGGGUCAGGUGAUGGGUCAGGAUCAUUAGUGGCCAAUAACUCCAAACUAGAUCUUGACUCUAUCUUUGCAACAUUGAAUGACAAAACCAUUAGUGAUGAAUGGAAACGCAUGGUAACAAAUGUAGAUACAGAAAAAUCAAAAGGCAUAAGGGGCACACUGUCUAGUUUAACUUCAAUAAAGGAACCGCUGCAAGAGCUACAACAACAAUCACAAACUUUAGAGAAAGACAAAAUUAGAAUUGAAACCACUUAUACAUUUGCAGGAAAGAUUAUCACAGAAUCUAAAUUGGUGGAUGCUGAUUCUGCUGAGGCAAGAGUUUAUCAAAAUUCUACUGACUUAAUAAACAAGUCAAGUAGUGAAUCUAUGAAAGGCAGACGGUCAUUCAUACCGGUUAUUAGAACUAUACCAGGAGAAUCAGAGCCUGUGGCAUUAAGAAUAAAGUUGAAAAGGCCAUCAUUAAUUGAUAAGUUUUUGGAUACUUAUCUGAAUAAGAAACUGAAGCUUUCAACACUUGAAAAGUCACGGUUAGAUUGGGCAAGUUUUGUUGACAAAAAGCAAAUCCAAGAUGAAUUACGAGUGGCUAAUAAAGCAGGGUAUUUGGAUAAACAAGACUUUUUGCAUCGUGUGGAGUGGAAACGAGAUGAACAAUAUAAGAAGGCUAAGGAAUUGGAUAGACAACAGAAGCUUAAAGAGGAACAGAGUCAUUAA